GUCCACCACCAUAUCUUUUCAUACACGCCCAAAAUGCGAUUCUCAUCAGGUCUCGUCCUUACCCUCCCGGCGCUUGCUGUCGCUGAGGAGCAGAUCCCCAUCCUCGACAAGGUGAAGGGCUUCUUCAACAAGGCAACCGCGGCCGUGUCGGCAUCCAUCUCGUCGAUGCCAUCGGCGCCGGUCGACACAGCGACCAGCAAGGUGGCAGAGAAAGUUGCCGAAGUAAUCCAAUAUCCGAUUACUCUGGAGAACUGGAAGGAGGUCAUGACGGUUGAUGCCACGACCAGCCCUCCCGCGACUCAGGAUUGGCUUGUUUUCACCACUGGUGGCAACAACACAUGCUUUGGCCUCUGCGGAAACGUGACCAAAGCGUGGAACGCAUCUCUUCCCUUCAUCGCCGCCAUGCCCGACGCGCCCAAGUUCGCGUACCUUGACUGCGAAACCGAAGGUGUCCUUUGCAACUCGUGGUCUGUCGGCGCGCCAUCGCUGUACUACUUCCAGAUUCCCAAGCCCUUGGCUGACCAGUCUGCGCCCGUACCCACCGCUCGCUACCUGCCAUUGAACCGCACUGCUACCACGGCCGAGACAAUCAAGAAGCUCAUCAUCGACAACGAGAUCGAGAAGGUUGAGCCAUACACUGGUCACUUCCAUCCCUUCAACGGCACACUACAGCAGUACAACCUGGCUGUUCCUUACGGUCAUGCCACGUUUUGGUUCGCCAAGAUGCCCUCGUGGAUGCCAAUGAUCGUCAUUUCUUUCCUCAGCAGAUCGUUCAUGAGCAAGCGCAUGUCCGGCCCUACCCCUGCCGAGGUACGCGCAGGCGCACGCCCAGCCCAGUAAAUCAACGCGAGUUCGCUCUAUACGGGCUUCGAAUGCUGUCAGAAGGAUGAAAUGCCUACUUGCAAUGAUAUAAACCGGUUUUAGAGCCGUUAUGAUAUACACCAUGUUGUAAUUGGACUUGUUCUGUCAAGGUCUAUGCCUGUCUGGAAGAGAGGUGUAGAGCAUAUGUCUGGGGAUGUUCUGUGGAUUUUUGUAACUCAGAUACCUAGAAAGGCGUUAAGAAAAUUCGAUGCAUUUAAUCAUG